AUGUCUCCCAUCAUCCCCUCCUUGUUGUCUCGACCGCUCUGCGGCACCCUGCGCAAGGUGCCGUUGGGCUGCAUACCCUCCAGCAUCACCAAAACAUACUUCACUCCCAACGGCCUCCGAGGAGGCACCCACCGUCCGUUCUUUCAUCACACUUUCCAACCUUCGCUUUGCAACUGCCCGCCCCCUCCUACUAUUCCUCGCCCUCGGCGAGCAUUCUCACAUACUAGCAAGCGUAGCUUUGGCACAUACACCAAUGCACCCCUCUACUUCCUCAAAAUCGGAUUUUCUGGCGUCCUUCUUUCACUCACCUUUCUGGCCGCGCCGGUGAUCUACUGCGAGCCCCCGAUCAAGAACGCAUCUUCUACCGCCGUCUCUCCACCCCAGCCGGGUGCUGCAGCUGUGUCGUCAUCUGCUUCUCCCCUUCCCCCUCCUCCCCAGUCGACCCUCAAUCUCUAUGAGUUGACUUUCGGCACCGUCUGCGGCGUCUGCGCUGGAGUCUUCGUGAAGAAGGGUGCAAAGUUUGUCGCCUUCGCCCUGGGCGGAGUCUUCGUUCUGCUCCAGUACUUGGGCUCCUGGUCGCUCGUGCGCGUGGACUGGAAUCGCGCUGCAGGUCGUUUUGAGAACCUUUUCUACAGAAAAGACGCCUCGGGGGUGUCGCGUCCGCCCAAUGUUGGCUCGCUUUUCCGCUGGGUCAUCGAUUUCUUGACGGCGGACUUCCAGCCGAGGGCCUCAUUCGUUGCGGGAUUCGCCCUCGGGCUCCGGGUGGGCUGAGCAUUGACGGAGUUGUCGGCGUUUGAUGCCUUCACGGACAUUCGUGUGUAAGAUCGCAGUAGAAGCAGCCUGGUAUAUAUUACUGUAAAUGUCUGAUUGUAAUGCAUACAAAUUCCACUUGAUCAUCCAUUUUCUUCCGUUCCAUAAAUCAAUUCCCCACCAGCGUCUUCACUUGCGAAAUGAGAUCCUCGUUCUCCUCCUGUCCGCGCACAAAGUCCGUCCGUCCUUCCUGGAUGUCCCCGAACAAUUCCUGCAGCACCGGAGGCAGUUCCUGGUGACCAGCGACAGCGGUCUUGAGCUGCUUCUUCUCCGAAUGCCACCCCUGGACGCUCGUCUCCCUGACGUCCCCGCCCGGCGUCUUGACGAACAAUCUGUCAAUCUUCUGACUCGUGCGAUCGUGCGCGACACGCCAGGCGUUCAUGAUCGACCCCGUGUCCGGCAACUGCGCGGCCUCACGCGCAAGCGCGGCCAGACGGGAAAAGUCCUGGGGCCGAAGCUGCAGGACGCGGCCCCGGGCGUCGACCGCCACGUCGGGCUCGAAGAGCGCCAGGGUGAAGCCCUGCGGGUCGGCGGGCGCGUUGAGGAGGGCGGCGAAGACGAGCGCGUCCUUCGUGGGCGCGAAGGAAGCGGCGGAUGGAUGUGGAUUGGCGCGGGCGUGCCACCCUUGGGCAGAUGCAUGCUCGGAAGACAUUGUGGGAUCGGAGCUCGUCCAAGACGGCGAUCGGUGGGGAUAGAACUCGAGGGCUGUGGGCAGAUGAUACCAGAGGAGGUACACGCCGACGAGGGCUGUGAGGGCGAGGAAGAGCGGCUUGGUGGAUAGGGAGGCCAGCUUGUUCCGUGCGGUGGAGGUGGCGAAGAG